AUGCAUCACUCCAACGCUCUUCAGCACUCUAAUGCUCCUUCGCGCUCCAACGUCCCUCCUCCCACACGUGGCAACGACAGACACCACAGCGGCUGGCAGGUGGGGGUUGCGGAGACAGCAGGGGCGGCGAGAACUAGAUUACUGGGGAGUGGAGAGCGGUGGAAGGGCCGCCAGGGUAAUCCGCACGCGGAAAAGGAUGGUGGAGGGAGGAAAGGUGGGGCAAAGAGUGGAGCAGGGGAGAAAGGUGGGGAGGGGGAUGUGAGAGUGGAAGGGCAGGGUCUAUCAAGUGAGCGAAGAGGAGCGGGGAGAGGGGGACGAGAGUGUGUCCGGACAGGAGGAGGGGAUGGACUGGAGGGGCGCGAGGGGAGUGGCGCAGGAGGGGAAGGGGGCGAAGGGGAGGGGAGGCAGGGGGCUGACGAUGGGGCACGAGCAGUGACACAAGGAGCUGAUAGGACCCCCACUGCUGCUGCUGCUGCUGCUGCUGCUGCUGCUGCUGCUGCUGCUGCUGUUGCUGCUGGUGUUGCUGCUUUUGGUGCUGGCCGUGGUGAUGGCGAUGGAGAUGGCGGUUGUGGUGCUGCUGUAAGGCGGUCGGCCAUGGGUGCAGGGAGGCAGUUGAAGACAUGUGAACGGGCGUCUAAGCGAGUCUGCUUCGGCACGCAGCACUCUUACUCUCUGUCCAUCCUCACUCUCCGUCUCCUCUCUUCUUUCCUCCCUACUCCCCCCACUCUGUCCACCAUCCCCCUUCACAACACCUUCCAGGAACCCAAGGGCACCACAGCCACACGCCCUCUCAGCCAGUCCCUCACACCCACCCGUGCAUCAACCAGCAAGGCAACGCACCCAUCUCCAUCCCCUCCUUCCAACACCAUGCCUCCUCCUCGCACUCCCUCACUCCCUCUCCCCGCCUCCUCCCCUGCUGCUGCUGCCACCCACGCCACCCCUCCCGCACAGCCCUCCAGAGCCCUCCAUCCAUCCACGCCCUCCUCCCCUCAGCCUCCCUACACACAGCCCGUGCGGCCGCACUCGUCUCUUCCCUCCCCUGCCCGUGAAUUUUCUCCUCUGCCUCCUGCCCGGGCCGUAAAACCUCGCGGUGGUGCUGCUGGGACGAUUAGGGGCUCUCAGCCCGGGCAGAACCAGGCUGCUUGCUCUCUGUCCCCAGCAGCAGCAGGAAAGGGAGGCGGAGGCGGAGACAAGGCAGCAGCAGAAGCUGUUAUGCCGGCAGCAGUAUCGGAGACAGCAGAGAUCGCAGAGAGAGCAGUAGAAAGAGGGGCAGGUGGAAAGACGCAUUUGUCAGUGGAGAGAGGGAAGGGGCAAGGGGCGAGAGGCAGUGUGGGUGCAGGUGACAGAAAGCGGAAGGCCAAGGAGAAAGGCAAGCAAGGCAAAUCUAGGCAGGUGGCAGAGCCAGAGGCAGAGGCUAGUAAAAAGCGACGUGGGAAAGGUGCUGCUGCGGCAGUGGAUCAUGCUGCUGCUGCUGCUGCUGCUGCUGCUGCUGCUCGCACUACGGGCACUGACCAUGAGCGAGUUGGAAUUGGGAAGGUGGAGGAGGAGGGGGAGGGGCCUUAG